AUGUCAAUCGACCAAACGUCACCGACAUUGGAUGAAGAAAAGCCCUGUGGCCGAGCUCAAAGCCUCUUCUCUCUGGCUGAGACCUUGGAGCUGAAGAGGCGGGACAUGGCCGUGUCACUCCACUCCCAGACAGGCCUCUCAUUGGAGAAGGCGGACAUGGAGGUAGAGCUGAGCAUCGCUCAGCUCUGUGAUUGGGCCGCUCGCUGUGAUAAGGAAAGGGGCGGAGUUCCGUCCGUCCCACAGUCCGGUUCGGCUCUGUCCAUCCCCGAGGCUCUAGGAGUGGUGGGUGUGGUUCUCCCUGACUCCUCCCCCCUCCUCUCUAUGGUCUCCCUGCUGGCAGCUGCUGUUGCCAUGGGCAAUGCUGUUAUCAUGGUGCCCAGUCCAAAGUACCCCCUGCCUGCUCUAGAGUUCAUCCAGGUUCUCCAGUCCUCAGAUCUUCCAGGAGGCGUGGUCAGCAUUAUAACUGGUGGCAGAGAUCAGCUGACCCAGGCUCUAGCCAAUCACAGUGUCAUCAAGGCCAUAUGGUACUGGGGAGUAUGGAGGGUUGCCAGUUCCUACAGCACACGUGUGCCAGCCCUCUGAAGAGCCUGUGGCUUCACUGCCAGGAGAAGGAUGGAGGGAGAGACUGGGCCCAGCCUCAUGCCUCACUCCAGGAAGAGAUGUGGAGACAGGCCGUCCAGUGGAAGAGUGUCUGGAUCCCCACUGCUUAGAGAGGGGGGAGGAAGAGGGAGGGAAAGAGACAGAUGGGAGACAGAGUGAGAGAUUAAGUAUAUUAAAACAAUAACAUUUAUUUGAAGUGAAGGGGGCGGGGGUGGGGGGGUUGUAAGGGUCAUUCUUAGUCGCGUUCUGGGAAUGAUUUUAUGUAACGCACUUGACUAUGAAACCUUCUAGGCUGUUCCAGUGGUUUCCUCCCAUCAGAGGACUGUAUGCUGACGACUCUGUGGUAAAUAACACCAGAUACAUAGAGAGAUGUUAUAACUUGUAUGGAUCACUGACUUCUACCUCUAGUGCUCCUAUGCCUGGUCUGAUGCUUUAAUAGCACUGGCGGUGAUGCAUUCUCUACAGGAAGCCAGCUUUAGUCAGCCAACAAUGCCUUCAUAAUUUUGCCUUACUGUAUGUUAUCAAUAAGGGAUUGAGGAAGGGGAUAAAAAGUUGAUUUCUGCCCCCCAUGAGAAGUUAAUACAGCUGUACCGAUUAUUAGUACCGUAUUAUGUUAAACUGUAGUAGUGUUCAUAAUCUCAAAAGUAGACAUUCCUUUUGUGGGGAUCUUCAAUCGUGCCAGAUAGGCCAGGCCUACUGUGUCAGCAUGAGUAUUCUUCACGUUUUAGUCUUAUUUUUUUUAAUGUCCAAUUAGACAUUUUGAAAUAUAUAUGAUUUAAAAAGAUUCUAAAUAAUGUACCUCUGAUGUUCAAAAGCCCUAAUAAAAAGAUAAUCACCUCA